UGAGCAGCUUCUCUCACCAUCCUCUGUGUCCAUCCACCUCGCUGUGUGUGCACACCGGUGUUGUCACCGGCUCUCCUCCAUGUAUAAGAUGGAUUACUCCUACCUGAACUCCUAUGACUCCUGCAUGGCGGCCAUGGAAGCGUCGGCGUACGCGGACUUCAGCUCCUGCAGCCAGGCCAGCUCCUUCCAGUACAACCCGAUCCGCAGCGGACCUUUCUCCAACCCGGGCUGCACUCCGCUCAGCACGGCCAGCUGCACACUGGGAGCGCUGCGGGAGCACCAGCCCACACCCUACACCUCAGUUCCUUACAAGUUUUUCUCGGAUCCCUCUGGCCUGAACGAGAAGCGGAAGCAGCGGCGCAUCAGAACCACUUUCACCAGCUCUCAGCUGAAGGAGCUGGAGCGAGUGUUCGCUGAGACACACUAUCCAGACAUCUACACCCGCGAGGAGCUCGCGCUGAAGAUAGACCUGACUGAGGCCCGGGUGCAGGUGUGGUUUCAGAACAGACGUGCCAAGUUCCGUAAACAGGAGCGUGCAGCCAACGCUAAAGCAAACAACUCCGGUGGCAACACAAGCAGCAGCACCAGCUCUGGAGGGAAGAAAGGCGGAGAGACAAGAUCUUCAUCAGACGAUGACGAGUCCAAAGAAUCCACCUGCAGCCCCACACCUGACAGCACGGCCUCCCUGCCGGGCUCAGCCAACGGUAACCUGGGCAGCCCUGCCAGCCUGAGCCCAAGCCCGGCUCCUGCCAACAGUGGCUACAUCAACACCUCCAGCUCUCCAGUCCUGCAGGGGCUGAAGGCACCCAACUGGUCCAGCCUGGGGCCAUCCAACCCUGCAGUGGCCCAGCCUGCUGCCCAGACUCAGGAGAUCCUGAAGGCCUGGCAGCCAGCGGACAGUAUGACCGGGCCUUUUGCUGGAGUCCUGUCCUCCUUCCACAGAAAACCCAACCCCGGCAUCAAGACGAACCUGUUCUAAAGCACAGACGAAGAGGAACAAGUCAGACAGACAUUAUGUGGUGGACUGGAGUAGCAACGAGCUUCUGGCUUUCAUGAGGGUCAGAACUUGCUCCCAAUUAUAACAGUGAAUUCACUGGUACUCUGUGCCGUAGUCUAGCCAGGGCCUUAAUUCCUCUCUGAAAACCAUCCUGGCACAUCAAUUCAAAACACAGGUAAUGAAGUCAAAAGUCUGGCCACCAUCAGCAUUAUGCAACCGUGCCCAUUAUAUCGGCAAAACUCUUCCUGGACCAGAAGUCUCUCUUCCUCAGACUCUAUUUAAUGAUGUUAAACUCUUCAUGUACUUAAACUGUUCCUGAAAACCUUCACAGGACAUUUGUGUUUCCAGUCCAACUUCAUCCAAAUUUUUUGACUCCAUGCGCACAUCGGAUCCAGACACAACACUCUCCUCCUCUAUGUUAUUUGUACUGCACGCUUGCCUUCACAUUCCCACACUCACUGCAUUGCAACACACACACACACACACACACAUCCUUGGCCCGGAGCACUUGGUGGACAGCCACCGCUGAUGAGCAUGGCAGUCAGGUACGAAUGCAGAGCAGAAAUCCAAACAUCCAGCUUCAGCAAAUCCACAAGCACAAACUUCCCAUAAGCCCCCUGACACACAGGAACACCCAGCAGAGGGAACAGAGUUCCCCCCUAAAUCUGUUUGCCGAGCAAAACAGGGCAACCAAAAAAAUCCAAUUAGAGAAGCUGGGUCCAGACAGGAAACCAACCCAGAACAAUACAUCCCCUCCUCCAUCUCAACUGUAUCAAGUCCUGACUCCCCCCAGCUGUCAUUUUGAACAUGACCUCUCCUCCAGGGUUUAAAAUCCCAUCAUGCCUCUCUCUGUCAAACAGUGGGAACCCAGUUUGACUCACAUGUCCUGGUGUUUCCAGCACUGUCGUAUUAUGGGUGAAGAAAAUCUCUCUUACUAUAACGGGAUUGCAGAGUUGGUAUCUCAGUACUGCAGCUGGUUUCCGCCUUGCUUCCUGCUGGAUUGAUGGGAACCAAUGAGACUGAGCUUCGUGCUUCAGUUUGUGGCGUGAACUCCCAACAAGUCAGUUACUUAACGCUCCUGCAGCUGACAAACAUACAACAAUCGUUCUCAGCAACAUGACACACGUUGCUCAAGUGGGAAUUUAACAUACAGUGAGUUUUCUACUGUAUGUUCAUUCAUUUUAUUCUCUCAUCUUUAAGAAAAAGCAUCUUGUUGCAAAUCAGUGAAACAAGCUGGAGGGUUUUUUUGGGGGGGCGGGGUGCUUUCCUCUAGAAAUCUAUUAAAAAGGGUAAAAAAAAAAAACAUGUAUUUAUUAAUAUUUUUAUUAUAUCUGUGAGAAACACACCUAUUUCUUUGAAGUGCUCCAUAGAAAUUCUGUAAGUGUAAAUUCUGUAAUUAGUAAUAUAAAUAUUAGGUAGCCUUUUGUUUAUUACCUCACACGUUGCUUUACAGGUUGAUUUCAUCGAAGAGCAUCUGUCUCACAGGCCGACACGUCCAUGGAAACUAUAAAUCGACUCUAGCGAAUGAGAAGUUAUAGCACUACUCUGAAUAUUCUAAUAAAAACUACAUUACUGAAUCACUA